CAUUCCCAGAAGGCUGGGCUCCCGGCGUUUGAAACAGAGGAUGUGGGGGUCUGCGGUGCCCCGGGCUCGGGUUGAAUACCUGGAUCCCCAAGGAGAGACCUUCCCCAACUUCCAAACCUAACUCAAACCCUUCGAGAAGCUCCAGGUCGACCGCACUUUCGCCCUCCAAGCUUCAUCUCCCCUGGCAGCGCGGAAGCCUGUAGGAUCUCGGCAGGACUGAGCUGGGCCAGUGGCCUCCAGGUUCCCGAUAGGGAAGAGUGUCGGGAGAACUCUGCCAGCGCUCCUGGGCGUCCACUGGCUGGAGGGGGCAUUUGCAGGAAAGCGCUGCCCUCACCAGAUCUGCGUACCCGUGCAAUAAAGAGCUCGGAGUUAGUUUUUUGGGGAGGACAAGCCAGGACGGACGGAGGGGUGAAACUACAUUUCCCAGGGUGCGCCGCGAAGGGGCAAGCAGUCCCGCGUUAAAAAGCCGGCGGCGCCGAAAGCCCAGCUGAGGCAGGGAGCCCCUCAACUUUGGCCAGAAUGGAGCAGCCCAAGGGGGUCGACUGGACAGUCAUCAUCCUGACAUGCCAGUACAAGGAUAGUGUCCCCGUCUUCCAGAGAGAGCUGGAGGUGCGCCAGAAGCGGGAGCAGAUCCCGCCCGGGACGCUGUUACUGGCUGUGGAGGACCCUGAGACGCGUGUGGGCAGCGGGGGAGCCACCCUCAAUGCCCUGCUGGUGGCUGCCGAACACCUGAGUGCCCGGGCAGGCUUCACGGUGGUGACAUCUGAUGUCCUGCACUCGGCCCAGAUCCUCAUCCUGCACAUG